GGCACCCCGGCAGAAGUGCUGUACAAAGGAACCAUUACCAGGAUCAUCGGAGAAGACAGCCCCAGCAGAGCAGAGAAGGCGAGAGAGGAUGCCAUGCCCAAAGGACAUGUCAUCUACGAAGGGAAGAAAGGCCACGUGCUGUCCUACGAGGGUGGAGUUGCUGCUUCUCCAUGUCCCAAAGAAGACAGCAGGAGCUCAGGAGCUUCACAUGAGACCACAGGAACCAAGCGGACCUAUGAUAUGAUGGAGGGGAGGAUCAGCCGCGGCUUAUCAAGCCGGGAUACCUUAUCUGCCAGCAUUGAAGGUCUCAUGGGUCGAGCGAUCCCUCCAGACCGACACAGUCCCCAUAGCCUAAAGGAGCAGCAUCACAUGCGGGGCUCAAUUACACAAGGAAUACCUCGGUCCUACGUGGAGGCCCAUGAGGACUACCUCAGAAGAGAAGCCAAACAGCUCAAGAGGGAAAACACUCCACCAAGGGACUUAUCUGAUGCCUACAAAGUCAGGUCACAUGAGGGCCUUACUCCUCUGAAAAUGAAACCAGCCCACGAAGGCUUGGUGGCCACAGUGAAAGAAGCUGGGAGAUCAAUCCAUGAGAUUCCCCGAGAGGAGCUGAGGCGGACACCCGACAUCUCUCUGACGAGACCUCUGAAGGAAGGCUCCAUCACGCAGGGCACCCCGCUGAAGUACGACAGCAGCUCUUCCUCCUCGGGCACCAAGAAGCACGACGUGCGGUCCAUCAUCGGCAGCCCCAGCAGGACUUUCCACUCCGUGCACUCGCUGGACGUCAUCCAGGACCCGAGGAAUCUGGAGAGAGCUUACGAAGAGAGCCUGAAAAACAGGCCGAGCCCGGUGACAAACUCGGGUGGCUCCAUCGCCAGAGGGGCUCCUGUGAUUGUGCCCGAGCCGGGCAAGCCCCACCAAAGUGCCCUGGCCUACGAGGACCACCAGGCAGGGCACAGCACGGCGUUCAGCAGCCAUUUGCACAGAGGCUCCCCGGUCUCCACGCGGGAGUCCACGCCGCGGCAGCACGAAGGGAGUAUCACUGCCGGGAAGCCCGUGUCCCAGGACAGAAAGAUCACCCCCACGUCACGAGAGCUCACCAACUCCAAGUCUCCACACGCCCCCGUGGCCGACCACCACCACCCCAUCUCCCCGUACGAGCACCUGCUCCGCGGCGUGAGCGGGGUCGACCUGUACCGAGGACACAUCCCGCUGGCUUUCGACCCCGCCGCCAUCCCAGCUGCUGCUUACUACCUGCCGAGGCAUAUGACUCCGAGCCCCACAUACCCCCACCUGUACCCCCCGUACCUCAUCCGGGGAAUCAUCGACCUGUCCCAAGUGCCACAUCUGCCUGUCCUGGUUCCCCCCACCCCUGGCACCUCUGCCACCACCAUGGACCGCAUCACCUACAUCCCCGGGCCCCCCCAGACCUUCGGCAGCCGGCACAGCAGCUCCCCGCUCUCCCCAGGAGGCCCCACACACAUGACCAAACAGUCGGGAUCGUCUGUGUCGGAGCGGGAACGGGAGCGAGAGCGGGAACGGGAAAGGGAGCGUGAAAAAUCCAUCCUAGCAUCCACCACGGUGGAGCAUGCACCCAUCUGGAGACCAGGUACGGAGCAGCCCAGCAGCCGUUCGUCCUCACACUCUCACAGCCACCAGCACUCUCCUGUCUCGCCCCGCACGCACGAGACCAUCCAGCAGCGCCCCAGCGUGCUCCACAACACAAGCAUGAAGAUCAUCUCCUCGGAGACCCCCACCCCUUCCGUCCUGCGAUCCUCCUCCACCACUACCACGUCACCAAUCCGCUCCGCCGCCUUCCCCUCGGCCUCCACCCUGCGCUCCUCCAUCAGUGGGGCAGACGGCUACGCGGCCCCGCUGGACCCGGCCGUCCUGCAGAAAGAGGCCUCGAGGGCACGGGAAGCCAAGGCUGAACGAGCCCAGACUGACAACAACGUCUUCACCUCAAAGCUGCCCAGUGGGGCCAACCUCGAACAGUCGCCUUCGCCCAUCAAAGCCAUGGAGUCAAGAGCUUUACCCGCUUCCGGACCCGGCUCUUCUCAUCACUAUAGCAGAGGACAGGGGAAAAGCCAGCAGCACCAUCACCCGCUGGACCAGCAGCACACAGCCUCGGGCCCCGAGCAGCACAGUAGAGAAAAGAGUCAAAGUAAACCCUUUUCAAUGCAGGAACAGGAGCUCCGAGCACUCGGCUUCCAUGGAGGCUACAGCCCUGAGCGGAUGGAAGCAGUGAGUCCCGUGAGCUCACCCACACUGUCCCAUGAGAAAGGGGCCAAGCUGCUGCAGGAUGUGGAGAAGGGGCACCUGGAGCAUGACCUGAGGCAGAAACAGCAAGGCUCGCUGAAGGCCUCGGCUCCUGAAGCAGCCCACCUGCAGCACCUCCGGGCGCCCCUCCCCGCCCCCCGGCCCCAGUGCCAGCCCCUGCAGUCCAGCCAGAGCAUCAAGGGCAUGAACCAGCGGGUGGUCACCCUGGCCCAGCACAUCAGUGAGGUCAUCACGCAGGACUACACACGCCAUCACCCACAGCAGCUCAACUCCCACAUCCAGACCCCCGUGUACUCCUUCCCCGGGGCCGCGUGCCCCGUGCUGGACCUGCGCCGCACCCCCAGCGAGGCCUAUCUGCAGCAGCAGGAGCACGUGGCCACCUCCAGGAUCUCCCCACAGAACGAAGGUGGCAAAAGGUGA